CCAAGCAGCACCCAUUGCUCAGUUUGACAAGAUGCCCAUUGCCAUCCCCAAGACGCCUAAAAAUGGCAUCACAAAAUUCACAAAUUGUCGCCUCAUAAAGGGCGAUGCUCUGGUGCAGGAAGAUAUCUGGGUUAGUUCCGUUACUGGCAAGAUCAUUCACAGCCAGGCAGCCUUCUUCGACGACCUCUGUCUUCCAGAUGAGACCAUCAACCUAGGUGGCCGCAUCGUGUCGCCCGGCUUAAUCGACUGCCAACUCAAUGGUGCUUUCGGGUUCAACUUCUCCACACUACUCGAAGACAUGACGCAAUAUGGCAAGAAGGUCCGCGAGCUCAACAGAAAGCUAGUGGCCACGGGUGUUACAUCCUACAUCCCCACGCUCACCAGCCAAAGACCCGAGCUUUACCAGAAUGCACUACCGUAUCUCGGGCCAUCGGGAGGCUCACAAGCUGCCCACGAUGGUGCCGAAUCCUUGGGAGCCCACGUCGAGGGACCGUUCCUCAACCCCACAAAGAACGGCAUCCACAAUGUCGACGUAUUGCAGCAAGCAGAGACAUUUGAUGACCUAAAAGAGUGCUACGGCGCCGAGAACAUAGAGCCAAGCGCUAACGGUGGCACGAUCCCGAUCAAGAUGAUUACGGCGGCGCCAGAAAGGGGCAACAUGACCAAGAUCAUCCCCGAGCUUCGGGAGAGAGGCAUCAUCUACUCCAUUGGUCACUCAGAGGCGACAUAUGAAGAAGCGUCGGCGGCAGUGGCUGCAGGAGCCACGAUGAUUACCCAUCUCUUCAACGCCAUGCGGCCUCUUCAUCAUCGCAAUCCUGGUGUCUUUGGCGUUUUGGGCAUUGCGGAAAGCCUAGCCAGGCCGUAUUUUGGUAUCAUUUCCGACGGCAUUCAUCUCCACCCGACAACGAUCAAGAUUGCAUUCAACGCCCACCCUGAUGGCUUCAUCUUGGUGACGGACGCUAUGCACAUGAUGGGCCUCGCUGACGGCUCAUAUCAGUGGACUAAUGGGCAGGAUGUGAACAAUAUCAUCAAGGUUGGCUCCACGCUAUUGCUGGAGGGGACCAACACCAUUGCUGGAAGUGCCGUCACCCUGAUGGAAUGUGUGAACAACUUCCUCCGAUGGUCCGGCACGGGCAUCCCUAAGGCGCUGAAGGCCGUGACUGCGACGCCCGCAGCAAUGCUGGGUCUUGAUGGCGUGAAGGGCUCUUUGGAAGACGGAGCCGAUGCUGACUUGGUCAUCUUCUCCGAGGAAGUGAGAGACGGCGCCACGCAGCUGGUUGUGGACGAGGUCUGGAAGGCCGGAGCAAUAGUAUCAAGCCGGAAUGAGAGUCAAUCGCCGAUUACUCCGUAGAACGACGGCGGACUGCACGACCCAAGAACCGGAGGAUGUUUGAUAGAGCAGCAGUCGAGAGGACAGUAGCUUCGGGCUCAACAAUACAGUAAACUGUAUAAGCAUAGAAUUGCCAUCUGAAUCGUGCUGUUGUAAGUGGAUGGCAGGGCAGAUGAAGUUUCGAAUCUGGGCUGUAGGCUGUGGCGAUUGGAGGGCAGAAGCAAAC